ACCUGGACCCAGCUGUGUGUCCCUGAAGAGUGACCGGUCUAUGAGAAACCCUGUAACAUUCAAAGAUGGACAUCAGUCUGAUGAACUAAGACCAGACUCUCCUGGACCUGGACCUGGACCCAGCUGUGUGUCCCUGAAGAGUGACCGGUCUAUGAGAAACCCUGUAACAUUCAAAGAUGGACAUCAGUCUGAUGAACUAAGAGUUCAGCAACAGAGAUCCCAAGUGAUCCCAAGAGACCUGGACCCCAUAUUUAAGCUGCUUGAAAAGAACAUUGUCAGCUUUAUGAAGAGCGAGCUGAAGAAGAUGCAAAAGGUCCUCAGUCCAGAUUACCCAGAAGGCUCUGCGGGUCAGAAGGAAGAUGAGGAGGUGUUGGACGGUGAGGAUGAAGAGCAGAGGAGGAGCAGCAGGGAAGCAUUUCUGAAGAUCACACUAAACCUCUUGAGAAGAAUGAAGCAGGAGGAGCUGGCUGACUGUCUGCAGAGCAAAACCAGUGCUGCAGUGUGCCAACAUGAACUCAAGUCUAACCUGAAGAAGAAGUUCCAGUGUGUGUUUGAGGGCAUCUCUAAAGCAGGGAACCCAACCCUCCUGAACCAGAUCUACACAGAGCUCUACAUCACAGAGGGAGGGACUGCAGAGGUCAAUAAGGAGCACGAGGUCAGACAGAUUGAAACAGCAUCCAGGAAACCACACAGACCAGAAACCCCCAUCAGACAAGAAGACCUCUUCAAAGCCUCGUCUGGAGGAGAGGAACCAAUCAGAACAGUGAUGACUAAGGGAGUGGCUGGCGUUGGGAAAACAGUCCUAACACAGAAGUUCACUCUGGACUGGGCUGAAGACAAAGCCAACCAGGACAUCCAGUUCACGUUUCCAUUCACGUUCAGAGAGCUGAAUGUGCUGAAAGAGAAGAAGUUCAGCUUGGUGGAACUCGUUCAUCAUUUCUUCACUGAAACCAGAGAAGCAGCAAUCUGCAGGUUUGAAGAGUUCCCGGUUGUGUUCAUCUUUGACGGUCUGGAUGAGUGUCGACUUCCUCUGGACUUCCACAACAAUGAGGUCCUGACUGAUGUCACAGAGUCCACCUCAGUGGAUGUGCUGCUCACAAACCUCUUCAGGGGGAACAUGCUUCCCUGUGCUCGCCUCUGGAUAACCACACGACCUGCAGCAGCCAAUCAGAUCCCUCCUGACUGUGUUGGCUUGGUGACAGAGGUCAGAGGGUUCACUGACCCACAGAAGGAGGACUACUUCGGGAAGAGGUUCAGAGAUGAGGAGCAGGCCAGCAGGAUCAUCUCCCACAUCAAGACCUCCCGAAGCCUCCACAUCAUGUGCCACAUCCCAGUCUUCUGCUGGAUCACUGCUACAGUUCUGGAGGACGUGUUGAAGACCACAGAGGGAGGAGAGCUGCCCAAGACCCUGACUGAGAUGUACAUCCACUUCCUGGUGGUUCAGUCCAAAGUGAAGAAGGUCAAGUAUGAUGGAGGAGCUGAGACGGAUUCACACUGGAGUCCAGAGAGCAGGAAGAUGACCGAGUCUCUGGGAAAACUGGCUUUUGAUCAGCUGCAGAAAGGGAACCUGAUCUUCUAUGAAUCCGACCUGACAGAGUGUGGCAUCGAUAUCAGAGCAGCCUCAGUGUACUCAGGAGUGUUCACACAGAUCUUCAGAGAGGAGAGAGGACUGUACCAGGAUCAGGUGUUCUGCUUCGUCCAUCUGAGUGUUCAGGAGUUUCUGGCAGCUCUUCAUGUCCAUCUGACCUUCAUCAACUCUGGUGUCAACCUGAUGGCAGAAAAACAACCAAGACCUAAAGGCCUUGGUUGGUCUAAAGUAUUGAGACCAGAACCUAAACUAAAACAUCUCUACCAGAGUGCUGUGGACAAGGCCUUACAGAGUCCAAAUGGACACCUGGACUUGUUCCUCCGCUUUCUCCUGGGUCUUUCCCUGCAGAGCAAUCAGAUUCUCUUACGAGGUCUGCUGCCACAGACAGGAAGUAGCUCACGGACCAAUCAGGAAACAGUCCAGUACAUCAAGAAGAAGAUCAGUGAGAAUGAUUCUCCAGAGAAAAGCAUCAAUCUGUUCCACUGUCUGAAUGAACUGAACGAUGGUUCUCUGGUGGAGGAGAUCCAACAGUCCCUGAGAUCAGGACGUCUCUCCACAGAUAAACUGUCUCCUGCUCAGUGGUCAGCUCUGGUCUUCAUCUUACUGUCAUCAGGAAAAGAUCUGGAGGUGUUUGACCUGAAGAAAUACUCUGCUUCAGAGGAGGCUCUUCUGAGGCUGCUGCCGGUGGUCAAAGCCUCCAACAAAGCUGUGCUGAGUGGCUGUAAACUCUCAGAGAGAAGCUGUGGAGCUCUGUCCUCAGUCCUCAGCUCCCAGUCCUCUAGUCUGAAAGACCUGGACCUGAGUAACAACAACCUGCAGGAUUCAGGACUGAAGCUGCUGUCUGCUGGACUGGAGAGUCCACACUGUGCACUUGAACACCUCAGUCUGUCACGCUGUGAGAUCUCAGAUGAAGGCUGUUCUUCUCUGGGAUCAGCUCUGAAGUCAAACCCCUCCAGUCUGAGACAACUGGAUCUGAGAGGAAACCGGCUGCAGGAUUCAGGAGUGAAGCUGCUGAGUGGUUUUCUGGAGAGUCCACAUUGUAGUCUGGAGACUCUGAGUCUGUCAGGGUGUCACAUCUCAGUUGAAGGCUGUUCUUCUCUGGGAUCAGCUCUGAAGUCAAACCCCUCCAGUCUGAGAGAACUGGAUCUGAGAGGAAACAAGCUGCAGGAUUCAGGAGUGAAGCUGCUGAGUGGUUUUCUGGAGAGUCCACAUUGUAGUCUGGAGACUCUGAGUCUGUCAUGGUGUGAGAUCUCAGAUGAAGGCUGUUCUUCUCUGGGAUCAGCUCUGAAGUCAAACCCCUCCAGUCUGAGAAAACUGGAUCUGAGCUUCAACCAGCUGCAGGAUUCAGGAGUGAAGCUGCUGAGUGGUUUUCUGGAGAGUCCACAUUGUAGUCUGGAGACUCUGAGUCUGUCAGGGUGUGAGAUCUCAGAUGAAGGCUGUUCUUCUCUGGGAUCAGCUCUGAAGUCAAACCCCUCCAGUCUGAGAAAACUGGAUCUGAGAGGAAACCAGCUGCAGGAUUCAGGAGUGAAGCUG